GUUAGUCUGUGCCAAGAUCUCGAAGGAUAAGCAGAGAUACCCCAUUCGCAAAAAAAACAUAUAAAAACAGAAUUUUAAAUGUAUCACAACUGCGAAUAUUGAAAUUGUGCGAAUUUUGAAUUUGUGCAACAUUUAUUUUUGGAUAGAUUGGACGUUUUUCGGUGAACAAAAUCCUUGAUGAUAGUUUAAUUUAUUAUAAAAAGUGUUCUAAAUAUUUUGAUGGAUUCGGUGGCAAUUGAAAAUGAAAAGAAUCGUGAGGAAAAAACGGAAGAAGUGCGGCCCUUAGUGCCAUGUUUGCUGCAGCCGCCAUCGUUCAUUGUGCCAUCUGUGCGAAAUGAUUCAAACGGAUCGUUAAAACCAGAAUCGAUUCGGUCCCGUCGAAGCUUUUGUGCUAAUUCCGAUUUAACAGGAUCACUUCGACCAUCCGCAGCCGUGUUGGCCAUACAACAAGAGCAUCGUCGCACAUCCAGUACCGGAAAUAUAUUUUUUGACUUAAUCCAAGGUAAAUUGUUAGGUAAAUCAAAAGACCGUAUCGAUGUGCCUGAUGAAGAUGGAUUUGUCCAUUUGAAUGCCAAUCGUGAGCAUGAGUUUCGUAUUAAAAAUCGGCAACAAGGUGUCGAUGCAUUGACCAGUUCGUUAUCGGCAUUCUACGCCAAAUUGAUGGUUGUCUUAGGUAUCGCAUUUCCAAUGACGGACGUUCUGUCGAUAAAGGCGCCAAAUAAAUUUUACCAAGGUUUUUAUUUGUAUCUGUAUGUCGGUAGCAUAGCCUUUGUGGCAUUCAUGUACAUCGACCGCCUACGGUCACGACGAAUGUUCGCAGCAUGCAACAGUAAAAACGAAAAAGAUAAAAGAACUUCGUUGGAAAUCAGUCAGGCCAAAUCACGACUGGGUAGUUUUUAUUUGAGAGUGGGCGCCGUUGCGUUCGGAAUCGGUAGUAUGGUUUAUUCAGGGCUCGAGAUUGGACAAUAUUUUGAAUUGAAAGGCGAACAAGGUUGUCGAAAUGUGCUAAUCGCUUUCACACCAGCCACUCGGAUGGUAUUAUCCAUUGUCCAAAUGCAGUUUAUAUUUCUCAAUACCAAAGAAUUCGAAAUGAAGCGCCACAAAGUGAUUGUUCGCUUCGGACUGAUGCAUAUGCUGGCAACAAACCUAUGCGAAUGGUUGUACGUGUUGGUGGAGGAAACCAGACAUGAAAUUAGCAAUAACAUAGAAAAUAUAAUCGAAAAUGCUACAGGUGCGAAUUUGGUUCACUUUGCCCAUACAGAAAAUGCAUUCAACGUAACGACCAUUGAUGAUCGCGUAAAACGUGCAACCGCAUCCGAAAUUGUUGUUGACUGCCGACGAGUUAACAUUAUGGGAAAACUACUCAACAACUCAUCCCCAUUUUUGUUUCCAUGCACCAUCGAAUAUUCGCUCAUUUGCGCCGUGAUUCUAUUCGAAAUGUGGAAACAAAGCAUUAGCAUUGGUCAACCGAAGCGAUCACGUGAUCGAAAAAUUUCCACCACCGCACAAAAUGCACAACAUUUUUCCAUAGAUUGUUCACGCGCACAUCACGGUAUGUUCGCUGGCAUAUUGAUAAUAGUUUUAACAAUCAUAUCGCUCAUCAUGUUCUACGUGCUCAACAUUCCGCUAUACCAUACAUUGGCCACUUUGGAAGUUACCAUUUGCGAAUCGAUUUUAUAUGUGUUGACAUCGUUCGCCGUUUUGGCUGCGUUCGUGAGGAUGCGUGAUUUAAAGUUUAGCCAAUCUUUUGGUGGCAUGCCAUUAGACUGUACGCUGUUAUUGUUGGCACAAUCGGGCGUUUAUCUUUACAGCAUGUUCAGUAUUAUUGGAUGUUUUUUUUCAAUUGCAGAAGGUGGCAUAUAUGGAUUAAUUUCUGAAAUAUUCUCUCUCGUUCAAACGUCCAUGCAAACGCUGUUCAUAUUGAAUGCAUGGUGGCGACGAUGUCGUAGCUCCCAGGAGAAUCGGAAAAAGCCCGGACGGGAGAUUUGUACAUUUUUGCUGGUCGCCAAUAUGAGUAUGUGGAGCAUAAAUGCCCUGGUUAAAAAUCGUGCCAUGUUUCGUCGUACGCAUUUACUAUUUUUCGGCGAAUGGUCGUGGACAGUGAUUACACACGUAUCGAUGCCAUUGGCAAUAUUCUAUCGAUUCCAUUCGACCAUUUGCCUAUUCGAAAUAUGGAAAACCACAUACAAAGUACGACACGCAGCUCAUCAAUCAAUCCCACGAUAGAUUUAGAUUAUUCUCAUGUGCAUUUUUACGAUUAAUUCAAUUAUCCAAAUUGUAGGACUUUUCUUUUAAUAUAUCUAUAUUGUGUAUCUGUAUAAAUGUAUAAAUCGUUUUGUUGACACCACAA